ACGUCGCGGGAGAGACAUGGCUGCAACAAUGUGGCGGACAGGGAUGGAUAUAACAAUAAUGACUACGGCACGGGGGAAAUCACGGCGAUGAGGGAGGAAGAGGGCAACGCAGCAGAACAAAGGGAAGAAAUGGCUGGGGAUCUCACGGGGCAGCCGGAGGGGCAAGCGUCUGGUGGUCAAAUCUCAGAGGAGACGUCGGCGGAGGACGUGCUGCAGUACUGCCGCGAGAUGAUUCUUCGCCGUCACAUCACUCCACCUCCGCAGUGGCGACGCAUGCGCGUUGAUCUGCCAGCUUCCAUCGCCGAGUUGCGUCUUACGCCCUCCGCACCGGAGCAGAUUCAAAUCACACCGCCCAUCACCCCGUCGCCCUGCGUUGUCUUGCAGCUCGACAACAGCGUGCCGGAGGGGAUGACAACUAAGGAGUACGCCAGGAGCCUCGUAAAAUACGUCAUGGACCUUCUCGCCUACCAGCGGGCCUCGACCGCCAUCACAUCACUGCGGUUCGUUAAGAUUGGUACAGAAUUAUCGCAGCUUGUUUUGACAUUUGGUCGCGAUGUACAGCUGGCAUCGUUGGUGCUCGGAGAAUUUGCGAAGGUCGGUCUCCGCGCCGGUUUUGGUGCUCCAGUCAAAGAACACGUCCCAAAUGCGACAUUCCGUGUGACGGAUUAUUACAUGACGCUACAUGAUGGCACAGGUAUCAAUACAGAAGAUAUUACCACACUGUUGGGGUCAAAACGGUCGCCGCAGGACAUCGUUGUAUUGGCGGGAUAUGAGCCCGGCGUAUUUUACGCGGCGAUGCGGCGUCCAGAGGCGGUGUACGCUUGGUUAUGGAACCCCUUCUGCUCCUUUGUGGUGCAGCGGACACUCUUUGAACAAUGCGGGGUGCUUGUGACGAUGGCAGACUGCCCGCAUGAGUUUGCUGGUCGUAGUAGGGCCACGUUUGCUUCGCAGCAGCAGCAAACGGGGAGAGGCCGACGCGAAUUGGAGGGCGAUGAUCACAACAACAAUGACGACGACAUGGCUGACAGUGGCGUCGAGGAAGACGACGACGAGAACGACGAUGACGAUGUCAAUGACAACUUCAAAAAGAACGGUGAGAAUGACGAUGACGCGUUUGUUGACGGUUUUGGAAGGGGAGGACGAGCAGCAAAGAAUGACGCACCGGCGUGGAGCCGCAAUGCAAAGGAGGAGAUUGAUAUCUUUGAGGGAGUUGAGAAGCAAACAACUCGACAAGCAGCAUUUCCGGGCUUUGUUGAUGACGACAUCACAGAACUUCUUCAUCAAUUGAAUGCAGAAAAGCAUCAACAACAACAACAACAAUCACAAAAACAAAAACAAGAAGAGGAAGUAGAAGGGCUACAACAGCAACCUGCGAUGUACGCAGGCACGGCCCCGCCGGUUGUGUCGUAUGAUCAUUCGGUUGAUGGAAUGAUGGCGUCUAUGCCUUAUACCCAAGCACCUGCUAUGCAGCAACAAAUUCAAUCGCAGUAUGCGUACUACGGCGGUGGUCCACUUUUGCCUCCAUGGCAAAAACAACAUCAGCAGCAACCGCAAUUGUUAGGGAAGACGGUGCCAUCAAUGUAUGGUACGACGCCACCGUCCAAUGACAUUCACGUGCCGCCACGCGAGCAGAAUGUAAAUUAUCCUAAACUUGUGGAUGAAGAUAACAUCAAUAAUACUUUUUCCGAUACUGGGAACGAAGAAGAUAUGGAGUCAACGUCAAGGAUGGCACAGGCACAACAACAACAACAACAAGGGCAGCAGCAACAGCAACAGCAACCAAGACCAAUGUAUUGGAUUCCAGGGGGAGGAAGCAUUCCUGUUGUUGGUAAUGGUGGUAUUCUGUACCCUGUGUCAUCACCCUCUCCAUAUCUUACGCAUCCCUUCUUCCCAUCAAUACAGUUGCCAUUGCAACCGAACCCAAUUCAUGACAAGAUGAAUGCUAUGCCUUCUAUUCUUGGGCAGCCUGUGUACAGCACCCCCUACAAUAGUGUUGGUGUUAGAGUUGGAAUUCAAAACAACACAAAUCAACAUUCCAAUGUAGGUAUUCUUGCCCGUCCUCCUGCAACAAAUGCACCGCUACCAAUACCACGUGUUAUGACGGUCGAGAGGGCGCAAGAGUUGGCUAGCAGAGUUGUGGAGCUAGCGCGAAUCGUAUUUACGACAUCAUCAUCAUCAUCGUCACCAGCAGCAGCAGCAGUAGUAGGAGGAGGAGGAGGAGGAGAGGAAACAGCAGUAACAUUGCCAUCAACGGAUAAAAUGACGGAAUUAGACGCAACCGUAUCGAUAACUUCACCGGAAAACGAGAUGAGUUCCACUUCCGAGGCAUUGUUUCCACAGGUGCCAUGUACCGCCACUGUGCCCCGCAUGAGUGCCGAAAUGGAGGAUCUCAUGUCAUGUAUUCGGGAGGAGUAUGUGCAACUCAAGGAGGUGAUUGAGAACUCAUCACCUGAAAUGCAGGAAAGCCAUCGCCGCAUUGUAUCCGCCCUUCUCACUCAUCGAUCACAUCUGCUGGAAAUCAGUGAGGCGACGGAUUGGAACCCUCAAGAGGAGAGUAACAUGGAUGAGGAAAGGACAAGGAGUCUGCAGCUGCCAGCUCUUCUUCCGUAUUUGUUGGCAACUACGGAAGGAACAGAACUCGUGUCCGCUAUAGCGUCAAAUGACACGGAGCAACUUCUACCACUCCUGACACGAUAUGUGCUACCGUUUUUAUUGGAUGUCACGGUCGUGCGGUCUGUCGUCACAGUGGCGUUACGUGCGGAGCCUACAGCAGAGAAUCCGCUUGUGAAACGUAUUUUACGUCACUGGGAGGCAUUGGCCAACUGGUUGCAUGAAUACAUUAAUUGCCAGGCAGCUGCUGCGGAGGUGCGUGCAGAAGGAGAAAUUGAACAUGCUUCAGUAACCCUGCCGCCAUCGAAAUCCACAACAAAGUCAAACGUAGUACGACGACUCACAUCGCAUGUAGGGAAUACAAUGGACAUGCUUUUAGCGGCCAUGUCGGCUGAGCAGCGCACUUCCACCAAGGCGUAUCUUGACACGACAAAAGCACUUGAUACAUUUGUAAAGUCCUUGCAAACGGUGGAGCAACGGGAGUCCGUGCAGGAUAUAGAAGUAGAAGGGGAAAAACAAAGAACCGCCGUUGUCUCUCACAAGUUUAUGACCACACUCUGGAGUGCUGAAGGUGCUAUUCACCGUUCUUUAAUGCGCCUUUACCUCAAUGCUAACCUUUUGGACGGUACGAAGUUGGUAGAUCUUUUAUUUGCCCCACAAUCUUCCUUGACACGGGAUCAAUAUUACUUUGUCCUUGUGGCCUUUUCCAAGAGCCUUGUUAGUCAGGUGCUGAGCGAGGAGACGGCGCGUGCAUGUGGUGCAUUCUUACGUUUAAUGGAACAGAAGUUUCUUAACGUGGAACCCUCUACCACGGAGGACAACGUCAGUGGUGGUGGUGGUGGUGGCAAAAACAACAGCAGCAGUAGCAGCAGCACACAUGUAUUGACAGAGAAGGACGCCGUACACCUUGUCGAUACUGCGCUGCGGGCCAUUGCUUCGGCAGAAGUGUAUUCUUAUCUGCGUGAUGCGUACUUUACAGAGCCCCCGCCGAUGAGACGAUACGAAAAGGUGGAGACGAGGCUAGCGCGACCAACGCUGCCGGUCAGUUCAUUCUCAGCGCCUCCUGGACCACAGCAACAUUCUUACCAACAACAACAACAACAACAACAACAACAACAGGGGGCGGAUGGACAAAAUGUCUCCUCAACGAGCGGUUGGCAAGCGGAGUGGACGGCCGCAAUGCGUAACUACCCGCAGCUUGGUGACCCGUUUACACCGCUGCCGACAGGAUGGACAAGUGCACUGAGUCGUUCUUAUGGGCAUUAUUACUUCAAGAAUGCAAAGGGUACCGCGACAUACAAGCAUCCGACAGAUGCGGCCGAAUUCAUGGCAACUCCUCAGGCUUUUCUGCAGGAACACGGUGUAACCAUUACCCUUGCUGAUGUUCUUGCGUACGCAAAUAGUAAAGGCAGUAGUAAGAAUGAUAAUGCUAAUAACUCUAAGAAAACUGAUGAGGAGGAGGAGGAGGGAGAGGGAGAGGUGGGAGUUGCGGCGCCAUCAGGAGAAACGGCAACAAAAACCCACGUUUUUGAUAAUGCUGUAAACAUCACAGAGGAACAGGCGGAAAAUUGGUUUGCGGAUCAGCGAAUGCGCGUGGAGGCGCUUGACAUGGCAACUCUGGCACUCUUAAAGGUUAAGUACCGUGUCGGUGGAGGUGCGGGAAGAAGCGGUGGGCACAGCCGGGGCAGGUCUAGUCGGCAUCGACGUGACAGUAGCGAGAGUCAUCGUCACCACAGUCAUUAUCAUAACCAUCAUCAUCAAACCCGUAAACGUGCACGCGGGAGUCCAUUGAAUACGCUUGAAUUGCAACGCAAGCUUGUCAAAAUGAGCAGUUACCCACCACGCGGCCACCCGUUUCUUCCGCUUCCGCGUGGAUGGACAUGUAACCUCAGCUCUUCCAAUGGGCUUUACUACUUUCGGCCGCCGCGGGGAAACCCUGUUUAUCAGCAUCCGGUUACCCGACGCGAGUACCGCGCCUCGCCGCAAGCAUUUGUCUUGCACCAUGGCAUUUACGCCAAUGCGAUCGCGGUUGAGGCACAAAAAUCCGUAGAGGAGGUUGAGGGAUGGUUGGCGGAUCAACGACAGCGCGACGAAGUGUUGGAUGCGGCGGUAGUUCUCAUGGUUCCGAUUGAAUAUGCCUUGUGCCCGGAUUACGAUGAAGAUGACGCCCAGGCUGAGAGUGAUCAUCAUCAUCACAAACAUCAGAAGCAGCAGCAGGAAGGGGAGCGACAGGAGUAUGAUGAAGAGGAAAAGCAACAGCAGCAGCAGCAGGAAGACGAGCACGAUGGAAGUAACAGUCAUCGUAGUGCCACCUCUCACAACCCCACGAUCAAUUAG